AUGCCGUUCAUCUCAGCAGAACCAACCCUCGCCGACUUCCUGGCUGGCGCCAUACACCAGGAUUUCAUGGUCACCGUGUACAAACACGAUCUGAGAGCUGAUGGAAGGUCGUUCUGCAGCGAUGUGCUCAACUGGUGGCUGUCCAUGCCAGGACUGUUGGCCGAUGAGCACGGUCAGGUACUGAUCUCUCACACCGACCCAGUCACAAAGGAACAGCUCGGCCUUUGUGUCUUUGAGACGGCGCACACCCUUGACAGAGAUAUCAUGUCCUGGAAUAGCAUCCGCACCAUUCUCUUCCUUCUCAUGCGGCUCGGCAACGGGAAGAAGGAGGCCAAGAAGCGCGUCCGCCUCCUCCAAGAGUUGGCCAACAUCUGCCACCGAUACUACGUCGAUCUGCAGGCCGUCUUCAGGCGCCACGUCCAAGCUGGAUUCGCCAAAAAGUAUCACAAACGGCUCGCAGACAGAUACGAUGAGUUCGGCACCCCACUCGUCGUGUUGACUAGCCACCCCGGAGACUUUUCCAGGAGCAAUCCGCUGAUGUAUUGCGUCCUUCGUUUAUGCCAGGCAGACACUAGCCCGGUCGAUUCCAUGGAAUACACCAGCCAGAUCCGCCACAUAUUCCAGUUGUCCCCAGAGAAAAUCCCCUUGAUGGGAAGUGGAGAAUCCGCUGCUCUCUUCGACCUCGCCAUCUUCUGCGGCUUCGUCCGAGACCUACAACACUACAUCAGGCUACCGCCCGUUUCAACCACCGAGUGCCGAGAGUUCAUCGACAAGACCGUCGCCACAUGCGAGAGCCUGAACAAGAUCAAAGCGGAGUUCAAGACAUCCGAUUACGUCGAGACAAUCUGCCGGAGGGCCAAGACCCCCUCGCGGGAUUCCAGCGUCGAUCUAGCCGCUGACCGCAAGGUCGUCGAGGCGCUGGACGAGUUCGUCAGAGCAAAGAUGGGGUUCUCGAUGUCGAAGCUCUACGAGAAGGCCGCUCUCCAUUGCUAUGGCGAGGCCGCAGUUGUCAAACUCUCCGAUAUCGACGUCGGCAUCGUACUCGAAUUCCCUGCUGCCGACUCCCCCAGUCCCGCCAUGUCUCCCACCGUCGCCUCCGACGUGGCUGGCCAGCUGACGGACCAAGCUGGCAAGAAGAGGCGGAAGAGAAAGAAGAAGAGCAAGGGCGCCGCGGCGUCAGCUGCUGCUACAGCCGAGGCAGGCAAAGACCAAAAAGACGAGAGUGAGAAGGAGGCGGAUGAGAUAAGAGACCAAUUUGAACCCGUCAAUUCGAAUGAAAUUUCAGAUCUCCCGUCCCACCUCUGCUCCGAUGCUGAAGCAUCAGAUGAUAAUACCAUCUUGGCUACGGACAACGACGACGACGACGAAAACGAAGUCCAGAUUCAGUACCUUCGCGAGCCGGACUCUUCUCCCGAAGGCUCCUCGUCCGGAUUGGCAAAAGACGACAUCCAAGCCGCCAGGGUCGACGAAACAAUUGUCGAGGAGGAGGACGCGCACGAUAACAACGAGCCCAUCCCAGACGCGGAAGACGACGAGCCAACCGCCGACCCGCCCGCCGAGCCCCCCGCGCCGCCGAAGGAAGUGAUCAAGGUCAGUGCCAAGGCGGCGCGCGUCUUCGCCGUCCUCUUCGACAAGAGCCUCCAGCGCGGCUCCAUCAGCUGGACGAGCUUCAUCGCCGCCUUCGCCGAGAUCGGCUUCGCCGUCGAGAAGAAGCGGGGCUCGGCCAUCGCCUUCAUCCCGCCCGCCGGCAGCCCGUGGCACCAAAUCCAGUUCCACGAGGCCCACGGCGGCGUGACGCGGGUCGAGGGCUUCCGGUCCCGCAAGAUGGCAUGCCGCCUGACCAGAAACUACGGCUGGGACGAGACGACUUUUGAGAUUGCUUGA